CAAGGAUUGGAGGCCAUAGGUGGGAACCAGAGAGCAAAAAGUUAACUUCACACCACAGUGUGCCAAGGGAAGGGGAACACAAAUACUCUGGAGCUCUUACUGUGUGCUGACAGUCAACCAUGGGUGACUGGAGUUUUUUGGGCAACAUCCUCGAGGAAGUAAAUGAGCAUUCGACGGUAAUCGGUAGGGUGUGGCUCACGGUCCUCUUCAUCUUCCGAAUCCUCAUCUUGGGUACGGCUGCGGAGUUCGUGUGGGGCGACGAGCAAUCGGAUUACGUGUGCAACACGCAGCAGCCGGGUUGCGAGAACGUUUGCUACGACGAGGCCUUCCCCAUCUCGCACAUUCGCCUGUGGGUGCUCCAGAUCAUCUUUGUUUCCACACCCUCUUUGGUGUACGUGGGCCAUGCUGUCCACCACGUACACAUGGAGGAGAAGCGCAAGGAACGGGAGGAGGCUGAGCUUAACAGGCAGCAAGAGUUGAACGAGGAGAGGCUACCAAUCGCACCCGAUCAGGGAAGCGUCCGUACGGCCAAGGAGACGAGCACAAAGGGCAGCAAGAAGUUCCGUCUAGAGGGCACUCUCUUGAGGACCUAUAUCUGCCAUAUUAUCUUCAAGACUCUCUUUGAGGUAGGCUUUGUGGUGGGCCAGUACUACUUGUACGGCUUCCGAAUCUUGCCACUCUACAAAUGCAGCCGUUGGCCAUGCCCAAACACGGUUGACUGCUUUGUCUCAAGACCUACCGAGAAAACCGUGUUCAUCAUCUUCAUGUUAGCUGUGGCCUGCGUCUCACUUUUCCUCAACUUUGUGGAAAUCAGCCAUUUGGGCCUGAAAAAGAUCCACUUUGUGUUCCGUAAACCCGUGCGGCCGCAAGUUGAGGGACCAGGAGUGUCCGAGAAGGCCUUGCCUUCCAUAGCGUCCUCCUCCAUCCAGAAAGCCAAAGGUUAUAAGUUGCUGGAGGAGGACAAAGCCAUGUCGCACUUCUUCCCCCUGACUGAGGUACGGGGAAUGGAGGCUGGGCGGCUGCCAGCUCCGUACGAGCCAUUUGAGGAGAAAACGGACGAGGCGAACAAACCUAAGAAAGACGUGUCUAAGGUGUAUGAUGAAACACUGCCCUCCUAUGCCCAGAUGACCGUGAUAGGACCAAGCGCAGCAGCAGGAGUUGUAAGCAGGGAUGAAGAAGAGGACGAGUUGGCCAUCGAAGCAGAUGUGGAAGCCAGCGAGACGAUAGAAGACACGAGACCACUCAGCAGCCUGAGCAAGGCCAGCAGUCGGGCAAGGUCAGAUGACUUGACGGUAUAAAUAAUAUAGAACUGGAUUAGAAGUGCAGCAGUGUAAUUUGUAGUUUUUUGGGAAAGUGUAGAAAGUAAAAAUAAGAGAGAGAGCGAGAAAGAAAGAUGUGCCUUUCAUCAACUGUGGCAACACUUAUAAUACCAGCUCUUUAUUUUGAGGAAGAAACCGAUUUGAAAAAAAUAA